AUGGAGCCGUGGUCAAAGGCAGCGGUCGAUACCGAACGACAUCAUCACUGGGUAAAUAGGUUCGGGAGGAAUAACGAAGCAAAUCUUUUCCCUGUAAGCCGGUCGUUGGUGCAAGAGGAGACCUUGCGCAGUCGUGGUAAUGUGUUGAGCGGCUCGGGAUCCCGCGUCUCGUCCGGGAUCAUCACGACACGACAACCCCGGCCUCCCGGCAAACAACACCGUCCAAUUUACCCAGAGUUCCAGCCAUCCCCGUUCCCGAAAUCAGCUCCCGACCGUGGCCGGGCCGGACCUCCAGAACUGGUGGGACGUUCACAGACCGGAGGCAUUGCGCAGCACCACUACGCUCUCCGCUCUACCGUCUCGCGUAAAUCCGAUAGGCCCGUCCAGAAACCUGUUGCCCGGUGCACGCUCGAGACCAUGCUCUCCACAUCUGCCUCGCUCUGA